CUUAGAAAAAUUGCAGAGACUAUAGAGAGGAUUUUUUUUCUCUAUAGAAACUGGAGAGAGGGUGAUAGUGCUCUUAAAGUCGCCACUAAAUGAUCAUUGAUUUCAGUGUGUUGCACCUAAGAAAAUAAAAGUGACAUAAUUCUCUAGUGGGAGCUGUUUGCACGUCUUGUCCCAUCUUUGCCCUUCCCAAUCACAAAGCAUCUCACUCCCACAAGUCCAUAAGAACUCGGGAACAGAAGACAAGAACCACUCAAGCCACCCCAAUAAAAUGUCCAAACCCACACUCUGCCUUCUAGCUCUCCUUUUCCUUCAUACCCAUUUCACAAUUUGCAAUGGGAUUUCAGUUUCAGGCCUCACUUCACUGGAAAACACUGAGAUUGAUGUCAUGGUGAGGAGGGGUUGCACCAUGAAGAUUGGAGACGGCUCUGAAGAGCCAGAGAUGGAGUCAGAGAUCAGCAGGAGAGUUCUUGAGAUGCAAAAGAAGUAUAUAAGCUAUGAGACACUGAAGAGGGACAUGGUUCCAUGUACAAAACCAGGUGCAUCUUACUAUGAUUGUCAUGCUGCAGAGGCCAAUCCUUACAGCAGAGGUUGUGAGGUCAUUACAAGGUGUAGAGGGCAUUAACAAUUUGAGAACAAACUAGUUAAAUUUGACAUCAACUUUGUGGACUUACUUGGUAAUGUGCCAUUACAUUUCUAGAUUUGGUGUCUUAAUUGGGGAUUUAUUGUGUGGAAUUUGUAUAUUUAAGACUCUUAUUUUGAUUUCCUAUAUGCACCGGUAUAAGCUCAAUUUUUGGGAAGAUCUGCGUUGUCCUUUGCAGAUUAUUUAAAUAAAUGAUUGAUACUUCUUAGAGGAA